AUGCGUGAGGAGGUGAUCGAACUUAACCAAAACUGGGCUGGCUCUCCCGGGCGAUUGCAGCUUGGCCUUUACAAAGCGGAGCACAUUGACAUGGGCCCUGCAGGAAGGUGGUCCCCGCAUCCGAGCUCGGAGCCCCUUUUUGCUUGGGCGCAGCGCUGCGGAGCAUCGGAGAAUGCCAGCGGCUGGGCCUACGACGCCGAUCGGCACCAAGUGACCUGGCGAGGCAGCUGCUUGUCCUGGGAGGACGGUGCUUCCCUUCGCCAAUGCCAGGGAAGUCCAACUCAGAGGUGGCUUCUGCGAGACGGGCGCCUUUGGCAACUGCAGCCGAAGGCUUUCCACGAGAUCCUUGAAACGCCUCCCUUCCCGAACUUGGAGGAGGGCGUUUUGCGACUCUCGCAUUGCAACGCUUCGGUGCCCAGCCAGCGCUGGAAGCGAAGCGGCCGAUGCGAAAGGCAGUGCAACGUACAGAAUGACCUGCGGUUCCGGGAAGGCGGCUGUUGGGAGAUCACCGGCUGCAGCACCGCACAGGCAGCCGAGGUUGGCGUGAACUUUGGGUGCAAGGCUCUCCCCAAGACCGGUGCCGGCGGCUGUGAAGCCAACGGGGCAUGGCGCUUUCAGGGCUCGCAGAUUCGUGCGGUGAUGGAUGGCAAGUGCCUGCAAGUGGACUUGCGCGACGGGCGGUCGGUGAACGUGGGAAGCUGCACCGGGCAGCCUCAUCAGCAAUGGGAGGUUGACGGGGCAUUGAUCCGCUCCCUCCAGCAGCCGAGCGAGUGCAUCGACAGCGGCAUCCCCGCGCCACCUCCCGAGACCACAGGGCGCUGCCUGUCGGUGCAGGUCUUGAGUCUUGCGGCUGGGUACACGGAGGUCGGGCCUGCGUUGGGGCUCUCCGAUGGUGAACUGUGCGACGUGAGUCAACCACCCGCGCAUCCAGUCCGAUUUGCGGAUGAGCACAUGUUUGCAGGAGACCUUUGUGUCCGAGCAUUGCACGGCCUUCCCACAGCCUUUGGACCCCUGCAGCUUUGGGCCAAGCCUCAACCAGAAGGUGCGGCCGUGCUGCUUCUGAACCGAGGCUCAGCAGCGAUGCUGUCGGCCCAGGUCGAGCUGUCAGAGUUGGGACUGGAGCCUGCUCGAAACUAUCGCGUACGCGACCUUUGGGCCAGGAGGGACUUGCGGCCAGUGUCUGGCAGCAUAACUAUGGAAGCAGCCAGUGGAGAUAGCCAGUUGCUACACCUUGCUCCUCUGGCCUCUGGCGAAGAGAUGCUGAUUUGA